AUGCAGCCCCAAAAAGCCACCGUCCGCCCAAUCCAGCGGUUCGCUUCCGCAGUGUCCAAGUGCUCCGUCGAGUCGGCGGCUUACGGAAAAUGUAUCCUAGCAGAUUACAACUCCGUGCACAAAGACCUGUGCGCUAAGGAGUUUAUGCGGUUGAAGGAUUGUUACUUGUUGGCUGCUAAGAAGGUUUAG